AGUGCCAAAAUUCACUUACAACUUCUCUUCCAUUUCUCCCAUUGCCCCAACGGUCACUUCCUCUCCUUCCUUCUUAAACCCCUCUUCUCUCUCUCUCUCUCUAAAACCCCCCAUUCUCCAACACUCUCUCUCUAAAAUGCCGAUCGGUUUCUCCCUCUUUCUCCUCAUUCUUCUCAUUCCCUGCACCGCCCCACAUCCCUCACGCCCCUCCAUAAGGGAUCAGAGCGCCGCCGCCUCAGAGCUCUGGUGCGUCGCCAAGAACAACGCUGACGACGCCUCUCUCCAAUCAGCCCUCGACUGGGCCUGCGGCGCCGGCGGCGCUGACUGUUCCCCAAUCCAGCCCGGCGGCUCCUGCUACGACUCCACUGACGUCCAGAACAUGGCCUCCUUCGCCUUCAACGAUUACUUCAGGAAACACGGCAUGACCGACGACAGUUGCUUCUUUCAAAACUCCGCCGCUAUCACCUCCUUAAACCCUAGCUUCGGAAAUUGCAGAUUCCCAUCUAGUGUGUUGAGAAAUGGGAAUUUCUCAAGCCAAACGACAUCGGUAGGGAUUGAGCCGAGUGAAGACUUAAGCGGAUCGCCUCGGACUUCGGGUCGGGCGUGGGUUUGGCCCGUGGUAAUCGGGUAUUUAUUCUUGAGAAGUAUGUAAGAUCAAAACUUUUGCCCUUCUAGUUUUUGUGUAUUGAUUGAUUAUCAUCUCCCACAUGUGGGUGUGAUUUGUAUUACAAUUUUAGAAUUUAGAAUUUUGUGUGUUUAUUUUUUAUUAAUUUAAAAGUCAUUUCGAUUCUAAA